CGCAAGUGUGCCUCUGAAAAUCUAAUGAGAGAAUCUGGUUUCAUGGAGUAGUCUCAUGGUGAAAGUUGGCAUCAUAACUAUGUUUUUUCAGUUCUUAUGCAUCAUUUGCAUGUGGGUAAUGUCAGGUAAAGAAAGGAGUAUAUGAGAGAGAGAGAGAGAGAGAGAGAUGCUUUUUAGUUUCUUUUUUUCUGUAUGAAGGUUGUAUAACCAGGAUUUCCAGCGAUACCCAGUUGCUGUUUUCUUCAUCUGAGUCUACUCUUUGUCUAUUUGGCAUGAUUUAAGUAGUAUUUCUUCAUCAGUCUUCUUCACCUAUCAUGUAUCCCACUUAUUAAUAUUUUUUUUUUCUCUUAGAUUAUUUAAGAGGUAGUUUUUGCAGAGAUUAGUAAGAUAUUGCCAGAGAGGCAAAGCUAGUCCCAUGUUUGUCCGCUUCUCCUAAUCCUUUUUAUUGCCUACAUUCCCCAAUUUGUCUUUAAUUUAGGAGCGGGGUCUUGUCGGUUUCCUUGAUGAGCGAGUUGAUUUCUGGUUUGGUGAAGGAGGGUCUUCUAAGAAACUGAAACCCAGAUCAUUUCGACGCCGGUCUCGAAGCAUUCAGGACCUUCAGAGAGAUGGGUUCUUGAGUUCUUCCCUUAUUUUUGUUUCUUUUUCUUUCAAGUCCUGUAUUUCGUUUGGGUUCAAUCUCUGCUGCUGAAGAAAGAUCAGAUUUUGAUUGUUACCCAGUAAAGUUACGGAAGAAACCAAAAGAAAAAUUGUGGUUGUUUCUGGUCUCAGGAUGAGGGAUUUCCCUUCCUGUUUCGGUGAGAAUGGAGUUCAGGUGGCGGAUUCGUCUUCAAGUGCCAGCAAAGCUGCUCAGAAUUUAGUAACUUGCAUUUACCAGUGUAGAUUGCGGGGUAGGUCUUGCUUGAUCACUAUCACAUGGAGCAAGAAUCUGAUGGGUCAAGGUCUAAGUGUUGGGAUCGACGAUUCGACUAACCGUUGCCUCUGUAAAGUCGAUAUAAAGCCAUGGCUCUUCUCCAAGAGAAAAGGAUGCAAGAGCUUAGAAGCCGAUUCGAGUAAAAUUGAUAUAUAUUGGGACCUCUCCUCUGCUAAAUUUGGUUCCGGGCCAGAGCCAUUGGAGGGGUUUUAUGUGGCGGUGGUCGUUGAGCGAGAGAUGGUUCUCUUGCUUGGGGAUUUGAGUAAAGUGGCAUACAAGAAGACCAACGCGGCUCCUAUUUCUUCCAAUGCCAUCUUCAUGGCCAAGAGAGAACACAUUUUUGGGAAGAAGGUCUACGGCACCAAGGCUCAGUUCUGUGAUAACGGGCAGAUCCAUGAGGUCAGAAUCGAGUGCGACAUGGUAGGACUGAGUGAUCCAUGCCUUUCGAUCCGCAUAGACAGUAAGGUGGUGAUGCAGGUGAAGCGUCUCAGGUGGAAAUUCAGGGGAAACCAGACCAUCUUGGUGGAUGGGCUCCCUGUGGAAGUGUUCUGGGAUGUUCAUAAUUGGCUCUUUGGGACAGCUUUAGGGAAUGCCGUUUUCAUGUUCCAGACAUGUCUUUCUGCUGAUAAAUUGUGGGCCAGUCAUAGUAAUACAGAUACUGAUCCCACCUUAUUGCCUUGGUCCUGCUCACAGAUAUUCAAAGGUUCUCAACGACAAGGUCUUGGUUUCUCCCUGAUUUUGUAUGCUUGGAAGAAUGAGUAGGGCCAUAGAGGUGUAUUCUUCCUCAUUGAGUGCUAACAAAUACUUUUAGCUGAGUGAUGAUUUUUAUUAACGAUGUGUUUGAAUUACAUAAAAAUGUGAUUUAUGAGAGGCUCCAUUUGUUUCCCUAAUUCACUGUCCAAAUAGAAUAGAAAUGAUAUCAAUUUUUUUUUAACCA